GGACGUGCGAAGGCGGGACUUCUGGUGGCGCCGUAUUUUUUUUCCGGUUGUUGGCUCCUGCCGACCCCUCCCUGACUGGGCCCUUGGGCCCUCAGCCCCUCGCCCCCCGCGGCCCCCUGCCGCCGGGCCCGCCGCCACCAUGAAGAAAUUCUUUGAGGAAAUCAAAGCUGACAUCAAGUUUAAGGGCGCGGGGCCUGGACAGAAGCUCACGGAGUCGGUGGGGGAGAAGGCCCCCAAAGGAAAGCCCAACCAGCUGGCACUCCAGCACCCCCGCCAGGGACCCACCGAUGAGGCGCAGAUGGCAGCGGCAGCGGCCCUGGCCCGGCUCGAGCAGAGGCAGCCCAGGGCCCGGGGCCCCGUGUCGCAGGACUCCAUCCGGAACCAGGUGAGAAAGGAACUUCAAGCCGAGGCGACUGUCGGUGCGAGCCCGGAGGCCCCCGGGACCAACAUGGUACCCGAGGCCAAAGAGGAAGGCUCAACCCACCUGCUGGUGCCUGGCGUGUACUUCACCUGCCCACUCACGGGGGCCAUCCUGAGGAAGGACCAGCGGGAUACCCACAUCAAAGAGGCCAUUCUCUCUCACUUCGCCACUGACCCGGUAGCUGCCUCCAUCAUGAAGAUCCACACAUUCAACAAAGACCGGGACAGGGUGAAGCUGGGCGUGGACACCAUCGCCAAGUACUUGGACAACAUCCACCUGCAUCCCGAGGAGGAGAAGUACCAGAAGAUCAAGCUGCAGAACAAGGUGUUCCAGGAGCGCAUUAACUGCCUGGAAGGGACCCACGAGUUUUUCGAGGCCAUUGGCUUCCAGAAGGCAUUGUUGCCGGUGCCGGAUCGGGAGAGCCCCGAAGAGUUCUACGUGCUGAGCGAGACCGCCCUGGCCCAGCCCCAGAGCCUGGAGAGGCACAAGGAGCAGCUGCUGUGCGCCGAGCCCGUGCGGGCCACGCUCGCCCGCCAGCGCCGCGUCUUCCGGCCCUCGCCCCUGGCCUCCCAGUUCGACCUGCCGGUCGACUUCUUCAACCUCACGGCUGAGGAGGUGAAGCGGGAGCAGCGGCUCAGGGCCGAGGCGGUGGAGCGGCUGAGUGUGCUGCGCACCAAGGCCAUGCGGGAGAAGGAGGAGCAGAGAGAGAUGCGCAAGUACAGCUACACGCUGCUGCGCGUCCGCCUGCCCGACGGCUGCCUCCUCCAGGGGACCUUCUAUGCCCGGGAGCGGGUGGCCGCACUCUACACGUUUGUCCGGGAAGCUUUGCAGAGCGACUGGCUGCCCUUCGAGCUGCUGGCCUCUGGUGGGCAGAAGUUGUCGGAGGACGAGAACCUGGCUUUCAAUGAGUGUGGGCUGGUGCCCUCAGCCCUCCUGACCUUCUCAUGGGACGCCGCAGUGCUGGAGGACAUCAGGGCUGCGGGAGCUGAGCCAGACUCAUCUCUCCUGAAACCCGAGCUCCUGUCGGCCAUCGAGAAGCUCUCGUGAAAUAAAAGCAGGGUUGGCUUCAGCCCCCCUGGGUCUGUCUUAUGCUCUCCUGCCUCCCCCCACCCCUGCUCCUGGCCCGGUUCCUCCUCCACUCCAGGGCCUCCCAGCCUCCUCUGGGACCAUUUGCACAGCCCAGAGUGGCUUGGGCAGGAGAGGGCCGCUGGUUGGCCUGUAACCCCACCCAGAGGGCUUUCAGGGGACAGCUGCUGUCCUGGCUUCCUUGGUAGCGCUGGGUCUAAGCGUUCUGCUGCUAUUAAGCUGUUUAAUGGAACCCCAGGUACUAUAGAUGGGCACCUCCCUGGGCAGGAGAGCGAGCCUGCAGCACGGGCCCACGCGUCACAGCUGGCCCUGAAGCUUCCCUGUGGGGUUGCCAGUAACACUAGCACAUGAGGGAGACGGAGUUCUGUAACAUUAAAUUCUGAACCCGAAUAAACAGGCUGUUUGACUAGUC